GAGAAAGAGGACUGGAUAAUUCAAAUGCAUGAUAACAGGCGUACAUCUGCCAAGCCUAUCUCGUGAGACGAAUGCACUCAACAUGGUCUCGCUGGAUGCGGGGGAGGACUGAAAUAGUCGAGGCCAAGCUGCGUGAACAAUGAUUGGCAGCGUGACCAGGUCGGGCGGGGAGUGUAUGCGCUGCUGAUAUUCUGUCAAGCACCACGUAGGCCCAAAGGGAUAUAUCCUUUCUAGCUCCGGGCGUAGAAGGUGGAAUAUAGCAUGUCCCAACAUAUCUCGACUUCUUGCAGUGUUUGUAGAGACUUUGGGUCUUGCUCUAGCACCGUUCUAUGGAACGAAGACAUGAAACUCUUUAAAGCUGGGAGAUAUUCAGUUGGACACCAUGGCAUACCUGCUAUCCUCUACUGCGGCGAGGCAUGCAUUGGAACUGUUCCUCUGCAGGACGCAGAUUGCUCCCUUCAAAGGAUCAGCACCAUCGAGCACGUGGGACAGGCCUGUGCAGGCAGUAUACUACCCACUGCGGUGCUUACCGCCUUCCUGUAUGGGAGAGAUCUGGUGCUCCAUAUCUAGGCGGCACUCAUGAGCUAGAUAUUCUCUUUGUAUACAGCCUUUUAUCGGUUGCAGAGACAUGAGAAAAUAG